UUUGCGAGCACCACCACCACCGUUGACUUCAAGACUCUCCUCUCCCUAUCUUUGUGUUGCUUCCUUCUCCCCCCUCCCCCCUUCUUAAUUACACCCUUUCUUCGGCUCAUUAGAGAAGUGUUUCUUUUCUUUUGAUCCGUCAUCAUGAGCUCCCUGAGCUUGCGGAGCCUAGCUCCCGCAUCCAAGAUUUCCCGUGCCUUGAGGGAUCAGAGACGUCUUUUCUCCUCGACCCGGCCCGCAGCCCGGAUUUUUGGCAGCAACCCAUUGCGCGCUAGGGAAGCCACUGGCGCUAUCGCUGAGAAGUACCCGAUCAUUGACCACGAGUACGAUGCUGUCGUCGUCGGUGCUGGAGGUGCUGGUCUUCGUGCCGCCUUCGGUCUGGCGGAAGCCGGUUUUAACACUGCAUGUGUCUCCAAGCUCUUCCCUACAAGAAGUCACACUGUUGCUGCCCAGGGCGGUAUCAACGCUGCUCUUGGAAACAUGCACGAGGACGACUGGAGAUGGCACAUGUACGACACUGUGAAGGGUUCUGACUGGCUCGGAGACCAGGAUGCCAUUCACUACAUGACCAGAGAAGCCCCCGCUAGUGUUCGUGAGCUCGAGGGCUACGGAUGCCCCUUCUCUCGUACCGAGGACGGCCGUAUCUACCAGCGUGCCUUCGGUGGUCAGUCCAAGGAGUUUGGAAAGGGCGGCCAGGCCUACCGUUGCUGUGCUGCCGCUGAUCGUACUGGUCAUGCUCUUCUUCACACUCUUUACGGACAGUCUCUGCGUCACAACACCAACUACUUCAUCGAAUACUUCGCCCUUGACCUGCUGAUGGAGGAUGGCGAGUGCCGCGGUAUCAUUGCUUACAACCAGGAGGAUGGUACUCUGCACCGUUUCAAGGCCCACCACACCGUCCUGGCCACUGGUGGUUACGGACGUGCCUACUUCAGCUGCACUUCCGCCCACACUUGCACUGGUGACGGUAUGGCCAUGGUUGCCCGUGCUGGUCUUCCCAACCAGGAUCUUGAAUUCGUUCAGUUCCACCCCACAGGUAUCUACGGCGCUGGAUGUCUGAUCACUGAGGGUUCUCGUGGUGAGGGUGGUUACCUGCUCAACUCCGAGGGUGAGCGUUUCAUGGAGCGUUACGCUCCUACCGCCAAGGAUCUGGCGUCUCGUGAUGUCGUUUCUCGUUCUAUGACCUUGGAAAUCCGCGAGGGCCGUGGUGUUGGUCCUGAGAAGGAUCACAUCUACCUUCAGCUGAGCCACUUGCCCGCUGAGCUCUUGCACGAGCGUCUGCCCGGUAUCUCCGAGACUGCUUCCAUCUUCGCUGGUGUCGACGUGACCAAGCAGCCUAUCCCCGUCUUGCCCACCGUCCACUACAACAUGGGUGGUAUCCCCACCAAGUACACCGGUGAAGUCCUGACCCAGGAUGAGAACGGUGCCGACAAGGUUGUUCCUGGUCUGUACGCUUGCGGUGAAGCUGCUUGUGUGUCUGUCCACGGUGCCAACCGUCUUGGUGCCAACUCUCUUCUGGAUCUGGUCGUUUUCGGUCGUGCCGUUUCUCACCGUGUCCGUGACAUUGCCACCCCCGGCAAGCCACACCGUGAGCUGAGCUCCGACGCUGGUGCUCAGUCCAUCAAGGAUCUCGACUUCGCUCGUACUGCCGACGGCCCCAAGUCCACUUUCGAUAUCCGUAACGCUAUGCAGAAGGCCAUGCAGACUGACGUCAGCGUCUUCCGUACUCAGGAGAGUCUGGAUGAGGGUGUCGCCAAGGUCACUGAGAUUGACCAGCUGUACGACCAGGUCGGUACCAAGGACCGCAGCAUGAUCUGGAACUCUGACCUCGUGGAAACUCUUGAGCUCCGCAACCUUUUGACCUGCGCUACCCAAACCGCUGUUGCCGCCGCUAACCGUAAGGAGUCUCGUGGUGCUCACGCCCGUGAGGACUACCCCGAACGUGAUGACGAGAACUGGAUGAAGCACACUCUCACAUGGCAGAAGACCCCUCACGGCAAGAUCGACCUGGGCUACCGUGCCGUCGAGCACAACACCCUGGACGAGAAGGAGUGCAAGCCGGUGCCACCCUUCAAGCGUGUCUACUAAGCGUGUCACGCCAAGUGUGAUCCGAUGAAGAGGUGUAUUUAGAGGGGUUGUGUGAGUGGAGGAAAAAUAGCGUCACGAAAAUCUGGCAGUGUUUAUUUCCCGUGUGUUUAUAUGUGUAUAUCCAAUUUCCCAGGCGAUGAGUUCGGUGUACUCACGUUGUAUUGUUAUUUUAUAGCCCUUGAUUACCGAUCAUACAAUUGGAGUUUUCUUUUGUGUUGCAAAGCUGUUUUGAACCGAGAUAGUAGUCUAACU